GGCCGCAGCGGAGCAGCGCGAUGGCUCCAGCGCUGGGGCCGGGGGCGCUCCCGGGGCCCCGGGGGGCGGCGAGAGACAAGGCGCUGAGGAAAGAGACCAGGCAGGACAAAUCCCCACGGCAGAACCUCGUGGAAGAGGCCAUUUUGAGGGACUCCACAGCACAGGAAUCCAAUGGGGAGGAAACGCCCUGGAGAUCCCUCAGGAGAAGGGGCUGCAGACCCAUCCCAGGGUGCUCCGAGGAGGAAAGACCCACCCUGUGCCAGGAAGGUGGAUGGAGAUCAAGCCAAAGCUUGGAGCUGGUGGUCCAUGAGCAGCUUCAUUACAGGAGAAGCCCUGCAAGUCCUUGCUGUGAGGGAAGAGCUUCAGCACAAGGUCCAACCUCACCCACCACCAGAGGGUCCACACCAGGGAACGGCCCCAGGAGCGUGGGGAACGUGGGGAGGGACUGCAGAGACAGCUCCAACCUGAUCAAACACCACAUGAACUACACCGGGGAGAGGCCCCACGAGUGUCCCCAGUGUGGGAAGAGGUUUCACCCCAGCUCCCAUCUCCUCGUGCACCAGUGGAUUCACACGGAUGAGAGGCCCUUCUGCUGCAGGAAGGGCUUCAAGCAAAACUCCAUCCUCGUCGCCCACCAGCACAUCCACACCGCGGAGAGGCCCCACGAGUGUCCCCAGUGUGGAAAGAGCUUCACUCACAGCUCUACCUUGACCAAACACCAACAGAUCCACCUGCAAGGGAAGCCCUGA